CCGAACCACCUCCUUUGCAAAAAGACUGUUUCUUCCAUCCCACUUGCCAAAAUGGCCGACGCGAGUUCAGCCGAAGUCCGCGACAAGCUACUCGGAAACGUGUUGGGCUUCUCACACAAUGUCACCAGCAUCAUUCCGCUCGUCAAUGUUCUACUGGCGGGCGCUGCCGGAAGCGGAAAAUCGGCCCUGCUGAACACCCUGCACACAAUCUUCAUGGUUCGCGGCCACCUCUCUGACAUUGUCGAGCAAGGACAAGCCGCAACGGAUGGUCAGAUGACGAACCGGCUCUUCAAAACGCAGUUCAAGCUGAACCAAAGCGAUGUGGCCCGCCUGGCUGAAGAACGCGGCGUUCGCUUGGACGAUCGUGCCGCACACAUCAUGCCUUGGUCACUCUGGGACACCAUGGGUUUUCACGACGCCAACCUAGACUCAAUCAACCUGCGCGCCAUGCUGUCGGGCAGAAUGCUCAGCGGCCACCCCCUUACCCAGGGGGGCGACAACGAAGACAAACACUUUCUGCGGGAUAAUCCGGGACCUCAACACGCCGUGCACUGCGUCAUUGCCACCGUCGCGGCACCCCAAGCCAAAGAUCCCGUCGUGCAGCAAAAUAUCAUUCAACUGCGUCGCCGCCUGCAUGAAAGGCGCACGCCAUACCUCGUGGCGCUCACGAAGAUUGACCUUCUCGGAGCUGACGUCAAAGUCGCCGAUGUGGUUCGCGAAUUGGCCCAUGACGUCGGCAUCCGAGCUUGCAACAUUUAUCCCGUCGAGCUGUACGGCGAAAACCCCGAUGUAGUGGUUGGUGAUCCCAAAAUCGAAACUCCGGUCUUGCGUCUUCUUUGGGCGGCACUGUGCGCUGCAGAAGACCGCCUCCGCCACUCGCAAGCUGCUGAGCCAGUAAGCUUUGAUGCUGCCGUGGGGGUGGCAGCAGAUUGCCCCAAGUAUCCUGGCUCACCCAUGUAGAAUGCCAGAUCUCAUCCUGCAAAGCCCCAGAAGCCGUGCUGCUGUUUUUGUGUCCAACAGAAGUGUGUGUACUUCACAUGUCAAUUGAUGCACGUAUUUUGCA